AACCUCAUUUCAACACCAUAUCCCUCUUCUCCAUUCAUCAUCUUCUCUCUCUCUCUCUCUCUCUUCCAAUUCUAUUGACAAUUCAUUGAAAAUGGGCACAAAAGAGUUGAUGUUCUCCUUCAUGUUCACUUCACUACUACUAUCCCUUUUAUUAGUCCCAUCUCUACUCACUAGACCAUUUUCUAAACUCUCUCCAAGCAAUUCAAUCCCUUCGCAUUAUCAUCCCGGAAACUAUCCGGUCACCUUCGCCUACCUCAUAUCUGCGUCGAAAGAUGAUGUUAAUCGCCUAAAGCGCACUCUCACUGCUCUCUAUCACCCUGCCAAUCACUACCUCCUCCACCUUGAUCUUGAAGCAUCACCAGAAGAACAUACCAAACUAGCUCAUUUCGUAUCGAAACAUGCCUUUUUCAAACAUUUCAGCAAUGUUCAUAUCAUCAAAAAGUCUAAUUUGGUCACUUACAGAGGACCUACAAUGCUUGCCACCACCCUCCAUGCAAUGUCCAUUCUGUUGAAGAGCUGCCAUUGGGAUUGGUUCAUCAAUCUCAGUGCUUCUGAUUAUCCAUUGAUAACUCAAGAUGAUUUGAUUCAUGCUUUCUCUAAUUUGCCUAAGAAUCUCAACUUCAUUGAACACACAAGUCGCUUGGGUUGGAAAAUAAACAAGAGAGCAAAGCCAGUUGUUAUAGAUCCGGGGCUUUAUAGUAUCAAUAAAUCAGAGCUUUUAUGGGUGUCCAAACAGAGGAGCCUGCCCACUGCUUUCAAACUCUAUACAGGUUCUGCCUGGACAGUGCUGUCCAGGCCAUUUGCAGAAUACUGCAUACUGGGUUGGGAUAACCUGCCAAGAACUCUCCUCUUAUACUACACAAAUUUCAUUUCAUCGCCAGAAGGAUACUUCCAGACGGUUGUCUGUAACUCUGAUGAGUACAAGAAUGUGACAGUGAACCAUGACCUUCACUAUAUUGCUUGGGAUACUCCGCCGAAGCAGCACCCGUUAUCGCUUGGAAUGAGAGACUAUAGAAAGCUUACCCUGAGUAAUGCUCCAUUUGCAAGGAAAUUCAAGAAAAAUGAUCCGGUUCUUGAUAAGAUUGACAGAGAGCUUCUCCGGCGUCGCAAAGGGCAAUUCAGUUAUGGUGGGUGGUGCUCCAACGGGAAGAACGCCAGUUGUUCUGGUUCAAAAGUAUCGGAGAACUUGGGUAUAGUGAGGUCAGGACCAGGCUCCAGGAGAUUGAAAGCACUGACAACUAAAUUGCUUUCUCCUAGAAAUUUUUACAGGAGACAAUGUAGGUGAGUUUUUGUUUUAUUCCAGAAUGAGAAGGGAUUUGACUCCAAAA